AUGACUCCACCUCGACUCAUUAUUCCUAUAAUUAUAUAUAAGGUGAACCAUCGAGACCAAAUGCUGUUUGCUGUUCAUCAACGAUCCCAUUCUAUGCGUUUAGAUGCUCUGGAGAGUUCACAUCCUGUUGAGGUAAAUGUAACUAGUCCUGAUGAUAUAUGCGAAAUUUUCGAUGAUGUCUCCUACUCCAAAGGUGCAUGUCUGAUUCACAUGCUAAACGCUUUUAUUGGUGAAGAGGCUUUUCGUAAUGGCCUACGAAGCUACAUAGACCGACAUUCCUACAGCACUGCGAGCACCCGUGACCUUUGGGCCGCUCUUCAGAUGGUGGCUCCUAGUUACUUGGAUGUGGAGGCCUCAGCUGCCAGCUGGACUUUAUUCAAGGGUUUCCCCGUAGUUACGGUUCGUGCUGUUUAUUACCCUCUUAGUUCUUCUUUCAGGCCACUUUCUUAA